CCACGCCUGUUGUUGUGGCGUCUGCCCUUUUCGCUCUCUCUCUCUCUCUCUCUCUCUCUGUUGCUGCUAUCCGCCGCCUCCCCUUUUCUCUGUCUUCCUCACCCACCCCCUUUCUCUCCGUCUCCCUCGUCCCUACACCUCCAGUCUGCUUCUGUUGUCUCGGCGGAUUGUUGGGCUGUGGGAGAGAAAGGAUAUCGCGAGUAUUGGAGUUUUGGUGAGAGUUUGUGGAAGAUGGCGCCUGUUGUGACAGGGAAGUUCGGGGAGCGCCCUCAGCCACAGCGCCUAACGAGAGAAGCGAUGAGGAAUUACCUGAAGGAGCGAGGUGACCAAACUGUCAUGAUCCUGCAUGCAAAAGUUGCACAGAAAUCCUAUGGCAAUGAGAAAAGGUUCUUCUGCCCUCCUCCCUGUGUUUACCUGAUGGGCAGCGGCUGGAAGAAAAAGAAGGAGCAGAUGGAGCGAGACGGCUGCUCUGAGCAGGAGUCGCAGCCUUGUGCCUUCAUCGGCAUUGGCAACAGCGACCAAGAAAUGCAACAACUUAACUUAGAGGGAAAGAAUUAUUGCACAGCCAAAACCUUGUACAUAUCCGAUUCCGACAAGAGAAAGCACUUCAUGUUGUCUGUCAAAAUGUUCUACGGCAACAGCGCAGACAUCGGUGUCUUCCUCAGCAAGAGGAUCAAAGUCAUCUCCAAGCCCUCUAAAAAGAAACAGUCCCUGAAAAACGCUGACUUGUGCAUCGCAUCAGGCACCAAGGUGGCGCUGUUCAACCGGCUGCGGUCCCAAACAGUCAGCACACGCUAUCUACACGUGGAGGGCGGCAAUUUUCACGCCAGCUCCCAGCAGUGGGGCGCCUUUUACAUCCACCUGUUGGAUGACGAGGAGUCAGAAGGAGAAGAGUUCACUGUGAGAGAUGGUUACAUCCACUACGGCCAGACAGUCAAGCUGGUUUGCUCCGUCACCGGCAUGGCCCUGCCCAGACUGAUCAUCCGUAAGGUGGACAAGCAGACGGCGCUGCUGGACGCCGACGACCCCGUCUCCCAGCUCCACAAGUGUGCCUUCUACCUGAAGGACACAGAACGCAUGUACCUGUGCCUUUCCCAAGAAAGGAUCAUCCAGUUUCAAGCCACUCCAUGCCCAAAGGAACCAAACAAGGAGAUGAUCAACGAUGGCGCCUCUUGGACAAUCAUCAGCACAGACAAGGCCGAAUACACUUUCUACGAGGGCAUGGGCCCUGUCCACUCGCCUGUCACCCCUGUGCCUGUGGUAGAGAGCUUACAGUUAAAUGGUGGUGGUGAUGUCGCCAUGUUGGAGCUGACAGGACAGAAUUUCACUCCUAAUUUGCGGGUCUGGUUUGGAGACGUUGAGGCUGAGACCAUGUACAGGUGUGCGGAGAGCAUGCUGUGCGUGGUACCCGACAUCUCCGCCUUCCGCGAGGGCUGGCGCUGGGUGCGGCAGCCCGUCCAGGUGCCCGUCACGCUGGUUAGGAACGACGGCAUCAUCUACUCCACCACACUGACCUUCACCUACACGCCGGAGCCCGGGCCGCGGCCACACUGCAGCGCCGCCGGGGCCAUCCUACGGGCCGGAAACUCCAGCCUGCUCAGCAACAGCAGCCAGGAGGCGGGCCCCGGCGUCUACGGCCCCAACAGCACCUCCAACGCGGGAGUCACAUCCUCAUCCUCCACCGCUGCAGCUGUGGUCUCCUAACGCACACAGGGGGCCACUCCAUACGAUAUGCCUUGAGAGCAAAUGUACCACAAGGUAUAUAAAGACUAUAUGGGAAAUAAUAAACAAAAACUGACUCACUCUAAAGUGCUGCGUUUCUAAUUUUGGAUACAAAGAAGCUGAAACGGAAAAAAAAAAUUGUUGGGAGAACGGAGUGAACGCAGGGGAAAUUUGAAGGAGGGAGUGACAUCACCAUGUUCUCAGCCAACGGGAAUAAGCGAAGGUGCUCCUUGACACGCACCCCCCCCACCCCCCACCCUCCACCCUCCCCUCUCCUGUGGUUACUUUAGGGACCUGCCUAUCCAGUUCUGGUGUUUGGAAUGAGUGAAGUUCCUGCAGGCUCAGAGCACCAGCACCUUUCUAUGGCUGCGAGAACGGGGAACCACCACGACAAUACAUCCUCCGUGUACAAAAAAUUCUCUUGAAAGGAAAGUAUAUUUUUUGCGCCGCCCUGCUCCCCCCCCUCCUCUCAACUCCCUCCCACCACUUGUUUUAUAAUUAUUCCUUUUUGUUUCGUGUUAUUUUGCCUUCAUUUGUUGUUUCCUAAAGGGAAGGCUGGGGAGGAGGGGGGGCUGGAUGUAUUGUUGUUGGAGGGAGCGUAAGGAUGCAGAGGGACACACAUAAAACGUGACGAUAACAUAGUUUUUAUGGACCAAGGAUCAUGUAUAAGCUUUAGUAAAGGUACAUUUUUCUCCAUACCUUUUUUGUAUUAAACAUAUAGUACACUUUUGUUACCAAAUAGUUUCUAUUCUUCCUCUGAGCUUGGGCUUUGUUUUCCCCCUUUGAGGUCCAAAAUCACAAUCUGUAUGUUAUUGCGACCUUACUACAAAUGCUUGCGUUCUUCAGUCUUUGGAUUGAACUUGUUUCGAUUUUUUUUUUUUUUUUUUUUUUUUUUUUUUUUUAUACUCUUGCUUCUUCUGUUGGGGAAAAAAAUAUCUGAAGUCUGGGCUGUUUAUUUACUUAAGCGAAGGUGGUGUUUUUUUUAUCAUUUUAAAUUGGGGAAUAACCUCAGAGGGCCUAUGUUUUAUCAUUGGUUUUUAUGAAGUCUUUAAAAACAAAAGCUUUAAGCAACGCCUCUGCCUUGCCUGCAAUAUUCUAUGUGCGCUAUGUCUCCUUUGAAAGUGAACACAUCAAGUACAUCUCACAUGGAGCCAUAGCAACAUUUGCAGAUUACAUCAAAAACUAGACUUCCGUGAUUACGAAAUCGAGUCAGUUUGUCAUUUUCAAACUAUUGUAACAACAUUGUAGUCAUUGACUUAAAAAGGAUAGCCUUAGUACUGUAUAUUCUUACUGUGUACACAGUCAGACGUGUCGCAUAUCUAAUAUCAUGUAUCUGUUGCUCUAUUGGUCACUGUCAGCGUAUCAGAUAAUGUAGUGAAACUUUUCUCCACACCGAGCGAGGUGUCUUCCAGUGUGUGCUGUAAUUCUGGUGGCAUUUAACUCCAGCGUUUUUUGUUUUAUUUUUUGUAAUUUUUUUUUUUUUUUCCAAAAAAGAUGGACACUUUUCAAUUUGAUGUGGCCUUACUGAAAACUUCAAUUACAAAACAAACACGAAAAAACCUUUUUCUUAUCUGCUGUUUACUCACCUUGGAAGAACCUUUGCAUAGCACAAAAAACAAGCUAAUGCCUCGCUUCUUAUCACAUGGAGCUCCGCUGUUUCGAGCUCACUGCUGCGGCUCCAGAACCACCUGUUCAUGCAAAGCAGCCUUCUGAAGGAUCACUCAGCCUUCAUUUUCUGGUGUACAAGUAGAAAUAAGCCUGUUUUUUUUUUUUUGUUUUUUGGUUAUUCUCAUGCGGUGCCCAGCACUGUUUCACUUUUGGUACAAUGUCUCAUGACGAGCGCUGUUGAGCUCUUUUCAGCCUUUUGUUUUUGUUAGAUCUCCUGUGGUUUAUGAUUUUAGCAGAAACAAACGUGUGUACAUUGAGUAGUUGCACUCAUCUGUGUUCAUGGCAACUUCGUCUCCUGUAGGAGUAUAAAAGGCCUUCUAAAUGUGUAUUAUUGAAGAUGUGCAUUUCCAAACAUAACAGCAAUAUUGUACAGGUCAUUUCAUUGUCUUUGUCCGCCUGAGCACUAGUUCACCAGCCAGCAAAUGUGUGCGUGUGAGUGCGUUAGUGUGUGUGACUGUCGUAUGUAGUUGCUGUAAUGGAAUAUUGAGUCAGACUCGCUCCAUUUCAACUGCUCUCCAAAAAUCAAGAAAGAGAAAAAAAAAGAAAGAAAGAAAGAGAGAAAAGGAAAGCCUUGAGCAUUCACAGGGUUUUUCUGUCUUCCACCAGGAUCCAAAUGUCUGAUAAUUGUGGAUAAACAUUCAAAGGCAAUACUUGUGAUUUUAGUAUUACAUUACUGUAAACACUUCCUGGGAAAAAGAACAACGAUACUGUAACAUGAAUGUCUGCUUAAUGAAGUAUUUCCAAGUUUUUCGUAAAAGCAAAACCUUGAAAUAGGAAGAAAAAAGGAUUCACUUGCAGCCCAAUGUAAAAAAAAACAAAAGAAAAGGAAAAAAAAAGAAAAAAAAAGUUUUGUCCCCCAUCUCGCCAACCUUGCCCGCCUGUCAGUCAUUAAUGUUAAAUGUUUUAUAUUGUAAUAUUGAUAUUUUUUUAAAUUAUUGGUACAAAGUUUCCCCUUGUCUAAUGUCAAAAAAAAGUGCAUUAUUGCCCGUGCUGCCUAGGUUGGCCUGGGAGUGUAUUUUUUUUCCCUUAAAGAGGCCACUUCCUGUCUGUCCGGGAACCGUCGAGGAGUUGGUGCUGCAGCGGUUGUGUAGCGUCCAAACCCAAACAUUUUUCGCGCUUCAUCACACUGAACUCUUGUGACGAACCUGAACCCUUUACUCUGCAGGAUGGAGGUCACAAAAUCUUUAACAAUAGAUUUGUAACCUGAGUGGGUUUUUUUUAUGUUCACUAGCUCUAAAUUCAAUGAGUGUUUUUUUUUUUUUUUUUUUUUUACAUCUGCAUUAGCAUCACACACACCCCGCCCCCACCCCUGCAAGCUUGGAUAUUUUUGGGUUUUUGUUUACACGUCGAGUCGCCUCUUUAGGCUAACCACCACUGGCUCCUCUGCAUCAUCUCCUCAUGCAAGUCUGAAUGGAGCAGCUUUGUCACACUUACUCAUUUUAGUAAAAGGGGGUGAUGCAUGCUUUUUUCUUUUUUCUUUUUCUUUUUUUAAAUAAUAAAAAAAAAAUGUGUCGCCUUGACAAUCCGAACUGGUAUACAGUUUGUCUUUCUCUUCAGAGUUUUAAGAGAUAGGGAGGAAUACAGAAUAACUUGAUAACAUGCCUCGUUCAUUAAGGGGAUAAGCAGUUAAAAAUGAAAAUAAUGUUACAAACUGACUUUAAAAUGCGCACGCUGUAUUAACCUGGCGACAAAGCUUUCAGAGAGGAAAAAAAAAACAAAAACCAAGCGCCAUCUCAUUAUAACUCAGUAACUGGUUUCUUUCUCUUUGUGUGUCUGGUCAUACUUGUUUUGCUCUUCCAAAAGCAGCUCUUCAUGUGUUUGUUGUUUUUUUUUUUUGUUUUUUUUUUUCUAUAAUGAGCUCUGAACAAUGUAUGUAUCCUCUAAUAUGCCAAAUGUCUUUUUAUAAUGUAGUUUUCAUGCACUGCUAAACAAAACAGGGCAGAGUGAGAGGCAGCUUUAAACAAAUAAAAAAACGGAGUGUGGAGCCCUUCUCUGUCGCACUCAGCCUUACUUUCUCCUUAAGACUAUUUGGCUGUUUGCACUACAGAGCGCUAACCUUUCUUUCUCUCUCACACAUUUCACCUUCACUUUUUAUGGCUCAUGUUUAUGUAUGUACAUUUGGAGUCCACCCCCCCCCCCCUUUUUUUGUUUUUAACAUGCAGCCUGUUGUGCUUACCUUUGCUACAUUUGGAUCACUUUUUUUUGUUUUCAUUUCCCCUAUUCUCCUCCUCCUCUUCUUCCUCUUCCUCUUCUUCUUCAUGUCCUUUCACUAUCUUUCACUCUCGCUGUAUCUGUGUAUUAUUCUAGUAAAUGGUAAGCAGAGGUGUCAUUGUGGUAGUAUACUCAGUGCUCAAAGGGUUGCUGAUGGUAGAAACCUGUGCCGUUUGUAACAUUUAGCAAUAACGUCAAAACAAAGGGGACGGUUUUUUGAUAACAUACGUUAGUUUGUUUUUGUACAUAUUGCAGCUCCAGGUCAUGCUCAAAUCUGUAUGUCAUUAAAAGAAGAAAAAAAAAGAGAAAAAAACUUGCAAUAUUGGCUUAAAAAUGAGAAAUAAAAAAGUGAUAUAAAAUCUCA